AUGUCAUCCAUGACGACGACAACCCCUUCAUGGAUCUCGGGCGGCGAGCUGUUUGAGCGGAUCAUCGACGAGGACUUCGAGCUGACGGAGAGAGAAGUGAUUAAAUACAUGCUGCAGAUCAUCGAUGGAGUAAACUUCAUCCACCAGCAGGGCAUCGUGCACCUGGACCUCAAACCAGAGAACAUCAUGUGUGUCAACAAGACCGGCAGCAAGAUCAAACUCAUCGACUUCGGCCUCGCCCGCCGACUAGAAAAUGCUGGAACUCUGAAGGUUUUGUUCGGGACUCCAGAGUUCGUGGCUCCAGAAGUGAUAAACUACGAAGCCAUCAGUUACCCCACCGACAUGUGGAGCAUAGGAGUCAUCUGUUAUAUACUGCUGAGCGGUUUGUCUCCCUUCAUGGGGGACAAUGACAACGAGACUCUGUCCAACGUGACCUCGGCCUCCUGGGACUUUGAGGACGAAGCGUUCGACGAAAUCUCCGACAACGCCAAAGACUUCAUCACCAACCUGCUGAAGAAAGACAUGAAGGCCCGCCUCACCUGUGCUAAGUGCUAUGAACACAGCUGGCUGAAGCAGGACACCAACACCAUGAAGGCCAAGAAGCUGUCGAAGGAGCGGAUGAAGAAGUACAUCCUGAGGAGGAAGUGGCAGGUAAACAACACCAAAACAACAGGAAGUGACAUCAUCGGAGCCACUGGCUUGUGA